UUUUAUGAUACUAAUUUAUUUGUAAUGAUAUAGUAUUUUUUGGUAAAAAUUAGAAUUUUAUUCGGAAAUAUUUUAAAACAAAAAACUCUCAACAACAUUAAAAACAAUUACAUACCACCGAUUCCAAUAAAUAUCUUUGUAAGUUUUUUAUAAUAAUUCAUGAAAACGAUUUCAAUAUUUUCUUUUAUAAUUCAGUACAAGGAAAAAAUGAGCAAAUCUAAACUUAAAAUAUAAAGAAUUAAACUUACAUGGAAAUAAACUGAAUUAAAAAUAUUCUGCAGUAUAUAAUUGUACCCGUACGAAAAAUAUUGUCAUUGUGGAAUACUCUCAAAUCUUUUAAUUAAAAUAACUUCAUACAUUGAAUUUUUUUUGUUGAUUUUUUUCAUGCUCCUAUACUUUAUUCUAUAAUGUUUGAUCGAUAAUACCAACCAAACUGUUUUGUAUCUUUGACAGUUCUUUGAUUCCAGGUCUAUGUAAUUAUUUUGAUAAACUAAUAUUUAAAAAUGCCAGUUAUAAUAAUUAAAGAUUAUACUUGGCGACAAACUGCAGAAAAAAUAAUUAUUACAAUUCCUAUUAGAGGAAAACCAAAGAACGUAGAUGUAUUUGCUAUUGACAAUUAUGUAAAGAUAAGUUUCCACCCAUUUAUGCUUGAGUUAUUUUUAUGGCACAACAUUGUUGAAGAAGAAAGUGAGUUUAUAUUGGCAGAGUCAUCAGCAAUACUGACAUUAAAAAAAGCGGAAGUAAACCAGGAGUGGUCAAAUCUUACUCUUGACAACUUGAGUAAAGACAAAAAACGAGAGUAUCGAUGUCAAGCCCUAGAACGUGCUCAAUUAUCUGCAGAAAGAAGAGCAAAAGCAAAAAAAGAAAAACAGCAGGAGCUACAAAAAGAAGCAGUAAGAGAACAAAUUGCAUUGGACACAGAAAUUAUCAAUAAAAUAAAUACUAUUCGCGAUGAACACAGGAAAGAAGCUAUGGCAGAGCUUGAAGAUUGGAGAAGUAAGGCAGAGAAUCCUAUUCUUAGUAAUGAAAAAGGCAUAAUACAAGAGAACAGGAAGUCUUACAGGGCUCCUCUCAAGUGGUUUAAAUCUGAAGUCUCAGCUGAUAAAAAUAACUUGAUAUCUCAUUCAGAGGCAACUGGUAAUCAAAAUAUUUGCUCUAACAAAAAACCAAAUGAAAUAGCAAAUAUUAGUAAUUCCAAUAGAAUUGAAGAGAAUGAUCAUUUAAUCACCGGGAAAAACAAUUUCUUGGAAUCUUCUGUAACUGAACAAUCAUCGUCUAUUAUUGAGGAGUUAAGUAAUGACAAAAAUAGCGAAGUUACUCAAAAGAAACUGGAUAAAGAUCGACAACGAGGAAAAGAAAUAAUUGAUCGAAUUUUAAGUGGGAAAUAUCCUAUUCACAAGAAAAGCAUCUUCGAAAAUAGUGAUGUAAGCAUUCCAACGCCAAGGCAAUGUGGUAGGAUCAGUAUUACAUUCUCAGAACGGGCAUUUCCAACUCCAGCGAGAGAAAGUUAUCAUUUAGAGGAACAAGAGUGGCUUGAAAAACAAGCUGAAGCUCGAAGAAAGUAUGGGUUUGUUAGUGAAGAUUUAAGAUUUGAAGAACAAGAUCCUCUGUGGCUUAAAGAUAAAGGAGAUGAAUUUUUCAAGGUCGGCAAUUACUUGGCUGCUAUAAAUGCAUAUACUCGAGGAAUCAAGCUAAGUGAGAAGAUGUCAAGUCUUUAUGCAAAUAGAUCAGCAGCGCAAUAUGCUCUAGGGAAUUACCGAAGGUGUGCUGAAGAUUGUUCAGCGGCACUUGAAUUGAUGGUACCAAAGUGUGAGAGCAAUAGAGAAUCACGGGCACGAUGUCAUGCUCGUUUGGGAGCAGCUCUUUGUAAAUUGUCGGCACCACAACAUGGAAUUAUUGAACUCGAAGCAGCCCUUAAAUUAGUUCCAGAUAACGAGACUGUUAAACGAGACUUGGCAGAAGCUAAGCGAUUCUUAGAAAUGAUGGAUUGAUAGUGGGUUGAAUUAAAUCAAUAUAAAACUGAUUAGAAUUACUUCAGAAGAAUAUCACAGAAAAUAUUUCUCGAUCUUUAUCGACACAAGCACAUUUGAGAUGUUCUACUGCAUGAAUGAUUUCAUGAUGUCGGUCUCGUUGCUGAUCAAUGCGAUGUUUUACCAUGAAGACUAAACUAACGUUCCUGGUUUGAAUUGGU